UAUAAAACAUUUAUUCUAAUUAAGCAAAAUUUGAUCAAUUAGGUAUUUAUAAUUUGCUACCAUCAAAUUUAUGCUUAACAUGAUAUCAUUUACAUAAUACAACUAUCCCUCAAAAUCAUACACCCGGCCACGGAACAGAGAGAACUGAGAAGUUCUCCCCACAAAUAAAUACACUCAUGAAUACCACAGAAAAUCGCAGCAAACGCGCAUUGCACGAGCUGCAUUUACCACAAUCUAGGGAAAAUGGAGAUCUGGGACCUUCACAAUCAGGAUUUGUGUCAAAAGUAGCAGCAAAGCCUGUCCCGGUUGCUAAGUCAUGGGCGCAUUUCGUUGCAGGAGGGUAAAUAUUGCCCCUCUAUCAUCUUGAUAUUUGAUGUCUCAAGGUCCACCACUGACAUAGUUUUGACUACAGUGUGGGAGGAAUGACAGCCGCAGCUCUCACGGCCCCUCUUGAUGUCCUAAAAACACGCCUGCAAUCCGAUUUCUACCAAGCACAACUGGCGCAGAGUCGUUUGGCCAAGGGAAUUUCUCCACAUGCACAUCUCUCUCCAAUACGCAGCGGGCUCUUACAUUUCCGUGAAACCUUCCAGAUUUUGGGUUCAGUACAUAGAAUUGAGGGAUAUCGUGCGCUGUUUAAAGGAUUGGGGCCAAAUCUCGUCGGCGUGGUUCCUGCGAGGUCAAUCAACUUUUUUGUUGUGGGUAACGGUAAGAAGAUAUUGGCGGGAUAUAAUGGUGGAGAAGAAUCGGCGUGGGUAGUUUGUCUUGCGGCUGCUGCUGCGGGAAUUACAACGAGUACGGUUACGAAUCCAAUUUGGUUAAUCAAAACCAGGUUACAACUGGAUAAGAAUGUGGCGGAGAGAGCGGGAGAUGUGGGAAAGAGACAGUACAAAAACAGUUGGGAUUGUAUCAAGCAGGUUGUUAGGGGAGAAGGCAUACGAGGUUUAUAUAAAGGGAUGAGUGCAAGUUACUUAGGCGUUACGGAAAGUACAUUGCAGUGGGUUUUGUAUGAGCAGAUGAAGAAGAGCUUGGAGAGGAGAGAAGAGAGGAUAAAUUUGAGUGGGAGACCUAGGAAUUUCUGGGAUCACUCUGUUCAGUGGACUGGAAGCUUAGGAGCAGCAGGAUUCGCAAAGUUUGUGGCAGCACUUGUGACCUAUCCUCAUGAGGUGAGCUCGAAAUAAAACUCCUACCAAUCACUAAGCUAACAAUACAUGAAGGUUUUACGAACACGCCUACGACAAGCACCUUUAGACCAUGGACGCCCCAAAUACACUGGACUCGUUCAAUGCUUCAACCUCGUUUGGAAAGAAGAAGGCAUGGUUGCUUUAUAUGGAGGCUUGACGCCACAUCUAUUGCGAACGGUGCCGAGUGCCGCUAUCAUGUUUGGCAUGUAUGAAGGGAUAUUGAAAUUAUUGGAAAAGCAAGCUUCAUCCUAAGACAGCAAGGAGCCGAGUAAAUGUACAACACAUGAACAGGAUUUUAUGAAGGCGUUUGUAUCAAAAAUGCGGCAUAUGACGGCUAUCGGGACUAUAUUAUGCCACUUCAGGCUAGGACCGAUCACAUACAGUGUAUAUUAAGACAUUCAUGGCGCUUCGUGGGAAUGGAUGUGGUUAGUAGAUCAUUGUUAUAUUGUAUUUAUGUAUACAUUGUGCACUGGGGUGGUCAUUCCACUCCAAAGACUUAAAUAGACAACAGCAAUUUUGCAAAGAUAAUAGACACGAGUUUAUGACAUCAGAUUAUUUGCUCUUUUGCUUGGUUCUGACAUACUUAGUAUCGCAGAACC